CUUUUACUUUACAGUGCAUCUGUACGCUACAACUUGGCUGCUGCUACGACCGUCCGGCAAAGACGUUUUUUUUCCUUUUGCUUUUCCUACAGGGCCACCCGCACCACCCGCCGAGGCGCCGCAAACACACACUGUCCUCGCCUGUUACUGUACUGUAGACACGCCCCCCUGUGGCUACUGUGCUCGCUCUUGGUUCCCCUGCGACUACUGGCCUGGCGCUAGCUACCGUGCCUUCUUCGGCUAUUGCUUUGCUCUUUUUUGUUACUAUUUGUUUCUUUUCCUAUUUUCUUUUUAUUUCUUUUGACAGCUCACCACCGCACUGGAACCCAAGCGUUUCUCACGGCCAAGGGAACGUAAUUAAACUCGCGCCCCGAGCAACAUCUCUCAAAAGUGCAAAGACGAAAUCCUUCCAACGCUCGGCUUCCACUUUUUUUUAGUACCCUCGCAUCCUUUCUCGUUUCCCUCUUCUACUUUAGACAUCCUUGCGCCGGCCUUCUUCUCCCCUUCCCCAUCAUACUACUUUCGUCUUUUAAUCUUUCUGUAACGGCCGACUUAUCUGCGUGCUUUUUUCUCUUCUUGCAUCGUUUUGCUCUCCCGCCUGCAUACACAUCUCUACUCUCACCAACACACACAAACACUACUCCAGUCGUUACUUCUUUCUUCAUACUUCACUCACCUGUCGUUCCCGGUGUCCUCUCGCAAAACCACAGCGCGCCGCCACCUCUUCACAGCUGUCUUUGCUCGCUCGCCACCACCUGCAAGCCAGCCUAGAAUCCGCCAACUAAACGAGACGCGAUUACUGAAGCACACAACGCCAUCUUCAGCAUCCUACGCCUGGAAAUACGCCGAGCUGCCUAGUCUCUGGUUUUUUUUAAUACGCCCUGCAAGCCAGUCGACGCCGCGAUACCUUCGAUUCGCUCAUCGCGCCAGUCAGCACUCAAGUUAGCGAAAGCUUGCAAGCUGCUGCACCACAUUCAUCACCACCACCCCUGUCUCACGUGCUGCCUAGUGUUGCGCCUCGUCCGUCCUCUAUUCACCGAGACGCCAGACGUUUAAGCCAAGCUCCGACUAAUCUAAUCUUUCUUUCCCUUCUUUUUCUCAACAUUUCCCAUCUAUGCCUUAAACAGGUGUCACAAUGAUGGACGUUAAUCCCCGCACAAGUUGGCGGCCUGUCAAUUCCCAGCUUCCGCCGCCGCAGCCAGCUCACUCAUACCCUUCGCCGCAGCCAGCCUACCACUCCUCUAAACCGCCACAACAACCAAACCUUCUUCGAUACCCAUCCCCAACACCAGAUGGCCGCCAAUUAAUGUCCGACCCUCACCUUCGCUCAGAGGCAGAGGACCUCUCUCACAGACUGACUUCGGCCCGUCCAGAAGUGGUCCGUCUUGUCCUCCGCAACUUAUUCGAGAUGUGCUUCAUAGGCUCCGAGUAUCACGCUUCUUUCCUUCUCAAUAUUGUUAUGCAUGAAUCUAGCCCAGAAGUCCUCCGCAGAAGUAUAGACCAAUUCGGCGGCCGUCUUGCCAAGGAUUGCGCGCGAGAGAUCUCUAGUCACUGGGGACCAACAGAGCUUGACCAGCUCGCCCCGACGCUCUUGGCUAGAUGCGGCAGCUCAUUUCUCGACAAGGCCAUUGAAAUGCGCCUCGAAACCAUCCCUGCCCAAAAUCUUGUUAAUGCUCUGGCAAAGGCCAACCGUCUUGGAUACAAUGCUGGUGACAUUGUCCAGACAUUCCCUGGUCCCGCUGGCCACCACCACUCGCCACAAAAUACCCUCCCGCCCAUGGCUUCACAACCCGUCAUGGCGCCACAGCCAGCUGCGCCAUUGGCUCCUCCUAACGCAGUAGCCUUGCCUGAUCCUACUGCUCUGAGCCUGGGCAUUGCGUACUGCAAUAGCUGUAAACGCCCCUGCAGCGGCAAGCUUGCCCUUAACCAUCAUCAAAAACGACUUCCCUGCUCCGGAUGGUCUCGUAGUGUCAUUGGUAAAGACGUCUGCCUGCACUGUGGACAGCGAUUUGACGGCAAUGGUGGUCUAGCCUAUCAUGCCAAACAUAGCGUUUGCGGCACCUAUUCCGAUCAGGUUAUUGAGAAGAUGGAACACCUCAUGGCGGCAGCUUACACCGUACCACCCGGCGCUGCACCCGGGCAUGCGCCGAUGCAGCCUGCACCCAUUAAUAACGGCCAUAGCGGUGUGCACUCCAACAACCACAGCCCAUCUCAUCACCCUCAUGGAGUUCACGGAGGACACGCUGGGCAUCCAGGACACACAGGACAUGGAGGGCCUCAUGGAACGCCGGUAUCUCAUGGAGGACAUGGACACCCACACGGUACACCUGGCAGCCAUGGGCCACACGGAUCCCACAUGAGCGCACCGGGGUCCCCCUCAAGCGAUCCAUACGCAUCAUUGACUUCCACCCAACGGCAGAUGCUUCAAAAGGAGAUUCAAGAUGCUGAGGAUAAGUUUGCUGAUCGAAUGAAGGAAGCUAUGAUGUUGCCAUCAUCUGAGCGAGACGUGAAACUGGCCAAUCUGAAGAAUGGGCUGAACAACAAACAGAGUAUGAUUCGAAAGAAGUACGGCAUCCGCCUCCGCGGCCGACGAACAAGAGCUGAUAUGCAAGCUGAACGUGAACGUAUGCUUGGCUCAAGUGCUCCCAUUCCCCGUCCUUUGGCCCCGUCGCACCAUUCUACAGCGCCGAUGCCGUCUCACGACCGACGAGGGAGCACUCCUGGGGAACAUCUAACAGCAUCAUCGUCAGGCUUUUCUCAGCGCAAUGAGCUGCCCCCGAUACGGGCCGAGGGCUUCCCCCCGCCUCACCAGUAUGCAGACUCUCAGGGAACCUUUUCGCAGAGCCCACAGCCUCAGGAUUCCCAACAGCAUACCCCACAGCACCGGAGCCCGCACCAAGACUCUGUGACACACUCCGUCUCUCGACCACAGAGUCCGCAUCCUCGAAGCCCACAUCACCAGAGCCCGCCUCAAGAGACAUCUCGGUUGGAUGACUCCCGAUUGGAGAGCCCCAGGCUUCACCAUCAGGCGGCCCCGCCAGCCCAGGCCACAGGAGACGAGUCUCAGCUCCAACAGCGCGGUGGCGCCAGCAGUCCUGAAACCGGUCCAGCGUCCACCAACCAAGGACAAGACGACAGGAUGGAGAUUGACAAUGAGAAGGAAGACACCGCUAUGGGACAUAGAGACGAGGGCUCAGGCCAGGCACAGGAGAUGAGCGCGUAAAUCACCCAAGGCACCGGUUGCAUGGGGAAGAACAGAACAGAGGCAUUAUCCUCUGAGGAGUUGGGACAUGAUUUUUUUUCUUUAAUAUUGAUUCUUUCAUUUAUUCUUUAGCCUAUAUGGGUAGCUGGCUAGCUGCCUGCAAUGGGUCAAGAAGGAACAUUGUAUCAUUUGGGGUGCGAGGUAUAUACCAUUACGGAAUGCAAUGGAGUUUGGUUUUAGCCACGAGGAGACAUUAGAAUAGCGAGAAGCACAUACGUCGGCGGGAGAUAAAUAUUUUUGACUGGCCUGUGGCCAAGAGGAUUGAUUUUUAAGGGGUUUUACAAGAUGAUUUAGCUGUUUUUGUUUUGUUACCUGUCUUAGGGAUACCACUAUGAGCGACUAGGCUCCUCACAAAUACAUAUAUGCCCAUG